AUGCCUCUGGCUGUGUACUCGUGCGGAGCGGAGCAUGCAGCCCUCAAGCGCAGCAUUAGGAGCCUGGAGAACAAACUCUUGAUUGGGGCUUGGCAGAUUGAUUACUUGCAAAGGCAUAAAUACUUCCGUCCUUUGCAAUCCACUGUGUCUGACCCGGACACGGACCCUGACAUAACCCCAAACAGCAAUAUAACUGACAGCUCUAAUACGGCAUUGGUGAAUCCUCUUCCACCGGCAGGCAACGUCAUUGUACAUGACAAAGAUUGCUCUGAGCUGUAUGACAGACUGAGACCACCCAGUGGUUUCUACCGGAUCAAACCCAGACCAGACCAGGAGCCAUUUUUGGUCUACUGUGAUAUGGAGGACGGGGGAGGCUGGACGGUGUUUCAGAGACGACGACAUGGAAGGGUGGACUUUUACAGGGACUGGGUGGACUACAGAGACGGCUUCGGUGACUUUAAAAUGUGGAAUGAUGAGUUUUGGUUGGGGAAUGAGCACAUUCAUUCUCUACUCUUAGAAGGUAAGAAUUUGGUGAAGAUAGAUCUAAUGGACUGGAAUGGCCAGAGAACUCAUGCAUUUUAUGAGAACUUCAGAAUCACUGAUGAGCAGGAUAAGUAUCGUCUCCAAUAUGGACAGUACAGUGGGCAAGCCGGUGACGCUCUGACUGGAGGCGGGGGCAUGGUGGAGCAGUGGUCUACCUGCCUCAGUGGCAUGCAGUUCAGCACCAGGGAUCAGGACAAUGACCGCUACCUUCAGGGCAACUGUGCUCAGGAGAAUAAAGCAGGCUGGUGGUUCAACAGAUGUCAUGCAGCCAACCUGAAUGGAAAGUUCUACCGUCGAGGGAAGUACACGGCCCAGAAUGACAACGGUGUGGUAUGGGGGACCUGGAAAGGCCUUUGGUAUUCCCUUAGACACACAACCAUGAAGGUUCGGCCCCUGCUUUUCUUGGACAGCAUGGGCAGUGGAGCAGGGGUAAAUUGAUAACACAAGGGUCCAGAUUCCUUAAUGUAAUAUGAACAAAAAGAGCAAUGAGUGAGCAAAAGAAAUAAUAGCCAACAAAGGAGGAAAUCAUACUUUUGUGCCAUGUUUUAAGUCUUUUUGUUAUCCUUGCCCUGCUUGCUUCGUUAUUUUAAGAUGAUAUUAAAAGUAGAUGGCUUGUAAUCUUGUAUUUCAUUGUAAGCAUGUGCUAUCCA